AUGCAUACUUUCUACACGAUCCGCUACCCGCCACCCAACUCCCAGAAAGGAGCAGAGGAGAGUCAACCGAUCCGUGUCACCAACAAGGCAAUGGAGUCGUUGCUUUUUUGCAUUGUGCACUCGAUCGAGUUCCAGAGCCCCCUGCAGCCAUCUAAGCCUCAAGGGGGGUCUUCCGGCAAGGACGCCGUCCCGGAGGAUGAGGCAUACGUGCGUCCGGUGGAGAGCUCGAGCGCGCUGCUGGGGAAUGUGACGUACGUGUCGCGAUCAAAGCACAACCCGAGUGUUCUUGCCUCGCUGCACGCUGCUGUUGAGGCGGCCCGUGCCAUCCCAAUUCCUGAGAAGAGCAGUCAGGUGCCCUUUGAGCUACGGGUGCGGCUUCUGCGCCGGCACCGCGGUUGGCUGUGGCACGACUCGCGACCGCUCGUGGAGUGGGUGUUUCGGAUGACCAAAACGAGGGAGGAGUUUAGCUUUCCCGCCGCUCGUAGUGAGGCGGGUGGGCGGCCGUGUCCCCCCGCGCCCUCGUUUGCAACAACUGCCCACGCGAAUGUGGUGCGCGCUGCUGGGGGAGGAGGAGGCGGUCCUAGCCGUAUUCAGGAGGAAGGGCUAGUGUGCUCGAACGAUCCGGAACAGAUUCGCCACGUUCUGCAUUUUAUCCUGAGGCACAGCUACGACGCCAUCGACCUGAACACCUACGCCGACUUCAGAUCUGGGGAGUUGGUCUUUGAUGUGUCCGUGCAGGGAGUCUAG